CACUGUGUCUGUAUCAGGGUCAGUUCUGUGCAAGAGGAAGUAAUCUGUGUCUGUGUGUCUCUGUGUCGUGCGUUGAAGUACCACUUUGUCUCUGGUCUGUGUAAGUGCAAGCGUGCAGAUUUGUGAGGUAGCAUCCAGCGCUGCUGUGACUGCCCGGGAAUUCGCUCCACAUCAUGGCCUCCUUAGCCAACUCUCCCUCCAGCUCCUCCUCUUCCUCAUACCGUUCUGCCCGCUACAGCAGCAGCUCCUUCAGGGCAGGCAGCAGCGGGGGGCAAGACCCCCUAUUUGAGCCCUAUCUGGAUGGGGGCCCCUGCAGUUUGUUUGGAGAGGAGGGGGCAGGAACCCCCCUGUGUCACUUGCCUUUCAGCCGGCACCGAAGCGAGUCAUUUGGGUACCCAGGCGGAACAGGGACAUCUGUGGCAGGGCGUCCAGCCAGCAUGGGCGUGGUGCGGAGGGUGGGAGAUUCCUACCACAUGUCAGCAGAUGUGAGUCAGUUCGAGCCUCAGGACGUGGUGGUGAUGGCCUACAGCCACUGGGUUGUCAUCCAUGCGGAAAAGGUGGCAGAUGACGGUAGUGUCAGCGACACCUUCACGCACAAGAGCCAGCUCCCUGAAGACAUGGACCCCCUGUCGGUCAGCAGCACCCUGACACCGGAGGGCAUGCUGGUGGUCAGUGUGAGGAGGAAGUGCAGCCUGGAGUCCUCUGAGCCGGCCCGGCCCGCCUACUGCUCUGAGGCGCGACUCUAGGCCCCUCACACCUCCCCUUGGCUCUCUGACAAUACUCAGAACCAACUG